AGCGAGUUCGGCAGCUCCCCGACGUAGCGAAAGUACACGAAGCUUUUAAAAAUGAUUAAGCUCGUGACUGAACAAUGACUUAUUUGAGAAUUAUUAAUAAUUUACUUUCUGUCGUCACUUGUGUCAAGUCUUUUUAGCCGGUAUUAUUUUGGUGGCAUAAAUUUUUGAUUCUUUUGUCAACAUUUUGGUGUCUUAUCGAUAGGUCAAAAAACAGCCUCAAAACUGCUAUCUUAUAGAUGUCACAAAACCGAAUGUUCUACUUGGGCUGGUCCGUACUCAACAAAUUCUCAAAUUUUAGAUUUACAUUAAUUUAUUAAUUGAUUGUCAUCACAGCGAUUUUUUCAACUUCCGGAAAAAUGCAUAAGACGAAUAUCCUUGGAAGGUUUUUAUUAUUCGAGUCACAUAAAUAUUGGAAACGUAAUUAGAAAUCUAAAAUCCGGAAACUCGGUUAACAUUGCUGUCCCUUCAUUUUUUAGAACAGAAAUUUAAAAAAGCUUAAGGCUCGUUCUUAAUUGCGGAAAAUAGUGAAACGAAAUGUGGGUGAACAUGUGAUUUUAUUUUACACACACGCAUGCAACAUGUAACAGCUGUAGUUUUGAUGAGCAUCGAAUCAACACGUGUGUGUGACUGUGUGUGUGUGUCGUACACAAAUUCUAAAUAAGUUUAAAAAACUUUUCAUAAUUAUUAAAUUUAUUUUAUGUCAUGGGUGUCCAUGAUAACGCAGAUUCAAAAUAUAGUGUAAUUAAUGGUACAAAUUUUUUAAAAUUUACACCAAAAAAACCAACACUUGUAAAUUUUGGAGAAACGUCGAGUAAUAAAGUAUUAGAAAAUGAGACAAAUCAAAAAGAUAAGAUUUUAAAUGAUAAAAGUAAUAUAAAUGUACAACAACAACGAAAAUCUUUGCCUGUUUAUAAACUGCGCGAAAGAUUGUUGGAAGAAAUACGCAAAUACAAUAGUGUGAUUAUUAUCGGGGAAACUGGAAGUGGAAAGACAACGCAGAUACCUCAACUUUUAUUGCAUAGUGGUAUUGUUGGUACAUCUGGAUGUAUUGGAAUUACUCAGCCACGUAGAGUAGCGGCAGUUAGUGUAGCCCAUCGAGUUGCUCAAGAACAAGCAGUUGGAAUAGGCAAGCUUGUUGGCUACUGUGUACGUUUUGAAGAUGUAACUAGUUCACAAACCAGAAUUAAAUUUUUAACUGAUGGUAUGAUGGUUCGAGAAGCAAUGACUGAUGAAGAUCUAUCAGACUACUCAGUUAUCAUUCUUGAUGAAGUACAUGAAAGAUCUGUUUCAACGGAUGUACUUCUUGGGGUCGCCAGACGAGCACAGAAUAUUCGAAAACAUAAAGGCUUACCUCCUUUGAAACUUAUAAUUAUGUCUGCAACGAUGGACGUUGAUAAAUUUGAAAAAUAUUAUAAAGCUCCAGUAAUUUAUCUUGAAGGCCGUCAGUACCCCAUAAAAAUGUUUCAUGCGAUUAAAUCUCAGGAUGAGUAUGCAUUUUCGGCAUUAGUUACAGCGUUCCAAAUUCAUCGUGAAGCACCAGCAAAUGAAGAUAUUUUAAUAUUUUUAACUGGUCAAGAGGAAAUAGAAGCAGCUGUAGUUGCAGCAAGACAAGUUGCAAAAGAAUUAAACGGUAAAGGAUACCCCAACCUUAAAGUAUUUCCACUUUAUUCGGCACUUCCGACUAAUCAACAAUUAGAAGCAUUCAAGAGUUCAGUAAUCGGAACGCGAAAAUUAGUUUUAUCGACCAACGUCGCUGAAACUUCAGUCACCAUAUCAGGUAUUCGACAUAUUAUUGAUACGGGUGUGGUAAAAAUUAGGACACAUCACCCAACAACAGGAUUAGAUAUACUUAAAAUAGAAAAAGUUUCUAAAGCACAAGCAUGGCAGCGUACAGGACGAGCAGGGCGUGAAUGUGCUGGAAAGUGUUACCGAACUUAUACAAAAGAAGAAUUUGCAGAAAUGCGAGAAAUGCCUAUACCGGAAAUUCAGAGAUGUUCAUUAGUUGGAGUUGCUUUACAACUAUUGGCGAUUGGAAUUGAUAUUACAACGUUCGAUUUCAUGGAUAAACCGCCAAAAGAGGCAAUUGAUGUCGCCAUAUCUUGUUUAGAAAAACUUGGAGCUGUUAAAGGUUAUCCACCACAUUUAACAACACUUGGAAGAACAAUGUCUCUUUUUCCAUUAGAUCCGCGUUUUACUAAAGUACUUCUUGCAUCAGUUGAACAUCAAUGUCUUGAUGAAGCACUUACUGUAAUCGCUCUUCUUUCUGGUGAAUCUGUAUUCACAGAACCUCCAGCAAAGCGUGAUCAGGCUUUAGCUGCUCGUUUAAAGUUUGCUUCUCCUGAGGGUGAUCAUAUAACAAUGCUCAAUGUUUUCAAAAAUUACACCAAUGAAGUAAAGAAAAAAGUUUGGUGUCAAGAUAAUUACUUACAUCAUCGAAAUUUAGAAUAUGCUAUUGAAAUAAGAGCACAAUUAUCUCGACUGACAGAAAGAGCAAAUUUAGAAAAGUCAACUUGUGGAUCUAAUACUGAACUUUUAAGAAAAGCUCUCUUAGAUGGUCUUAAUGAAAAUUUAGCAGAGUUACAAAGAGAUAAUACUUAUGUCACCCUGGCUACAAGACAACCAGUUACAAUACAUCCUUCAUCAACUCUUUAUACAUCGAAACCUCCUCUAGUUUUAUUCACAGAAGUUGUAGCAACGGGAAAAUGUUAUAUUCGUAAUCUGUCUAUAAUAGAGUCGUCUUGGCUUAACGCUAAAGUCGUGAGUGAUAAAUAACAUAGAAUUUAUAUUUAUUAUAAAUUUUUACAUAUAAAUGUAGUAUAAUCUUUUGUAUAAUAAUUAUUGUACACAUUAGGAAAAGUAAAAUAAUAACUUUACUUUUUAGUUAAUAAACUAUAAUU